AGAGCUUGUAAUCGGCAUCCCUCAGAGGCGACAUGUACACUGAUCAUCAGGGCACUGAUGAUCAGUCCCAAGCAGUGCCAGCUGUCAGUGCUCAUCGAUGCCACCUGCCAGUGCCCAUCAAUGCCACAUUUCAGUGCCUACCAGUGCACAUCAAUGCCACAUAUCAGUGCCCAUCUGAGCUGCCUUUCAGUGUCACCUAUCAAUGCCAGUCAGUGCCACCUAUCAGUGCUGCCAAUCAGUGCCAGUCAGUGCCGCCUAUCAGUGUGCAUCAGUGCCACCUAUCAGUGCCCAUCAGUGCUGCCCAUCAGUGUCGCCUAACAGUGCCAGUCAGUGCCACCUAACAGUGCCAGUCAGUGCCACCUAUCAGUGGCUUACAUGGGUGCUGCCUUAUCAGUGAUGCCUGUCAAUGCCCAUCAGUACCACCUACCAGUGCCUCCUCAUCAGUGCCACCUAUCAGUG